AGCCCAGCCCACGAGACGCCUCUUCUUUCUGGUCUACAGGUGAAGGCAAUGGGAGCUCUAAAAGGAAUGAAUUCAGAAAAGGAACACUCCAACUGCGAGGAAGAAAAACGUAUAAUUGGAGUAAUAUUUUGGAUUUUAAAACCCUAACCUCACUCUCUGUAGACUGGCAGAGUCUGUGAGUAUUCCACCUCUUCCCCAGCAUUUAAUUACCACUCUGUCUUACUUUGACACUGCGAAAUUCCCGCCACUUUCAGAUUCUCCAUGGACUUCGAAGUAGAAGCACAGGCAGAAGCAGACUUUCCCAAAACCCCAACCACAAGGCACAUAUGUUCUGCAUGCUACAAGCAGUAUAAGAAAAAGGAGCAUUUUGUUGAGCACAUGAAGGUCUCAUACCACUCAGUUCAUGAGCCUAGAUGUGGGGUGUGUCAAAAGCACUGCAGAUCUUUUGAAUCACUUAGAGAGCAUCUUACUGGUCCAUUGCCAAAUGCAAAUUGUUCAAAGAUUUUCUCUGAACAAGGUUGCAAUCUUUGCUUGAAAGUUCUUGAUAGCCCCAGUUCUCUCUGUGAACAUAAGAAAAGGUGUUGCCUAUCUGCACCUACUCCAAUAGGAACAGUGAAAAUGGUGUAUUCAGACCCUACUGUUGUAAACCAAAAUGGCGGUCCUGAAGCAAUUGCUAUAGAUUGUGAAAUGGUUGGUGGUGGAAGUGAUGGAUCACUGGACCUUUGUGCUAGGGUUUGCCUAAUUGAUGAAGACGAGAAUGUGAUUUUGCAUACUUACGUGCUCCCUCAACUUCCCAUCACAAAUUACAGAUUUGAAAUAACUGGGUUAACAGAAGAGCAUCUAAGAGAUGCGUUGCCACUUAAGUUAGUUGAAGAAAAAAUUUUGCAAAUUUUGUACAAUGGAGAGUCCAUUGGAAUGGCAAGGCUGGCUGGUGGAAAGGCAAGGCUUCUUGUGGGGCAUGCACUGGAGCAUGAUUUGGAUUGCUUGAGAAUGACUUAUCCCGAUCAUCUGCUGAGGGAUACGGCAAAAUACCGUCCAUUGAUGAAAACAAAUCUGGUUAGCCACUCACUCAAGUACCUGACCCGCACAUAUCUAGGGUACGAUAUCCAGACAGGCUUUCAUGAUCCAUAUGAAGAUUGCGUGUCUGUAAUGCGAUUAUACAAGAAAAUGCGUGCCCUCGAUCAUCAGAAAGGUGGUACUGAGAUAUCAACUGCUGCUCUCCGUUCCCAAAACAUUACAAGCAACUUUGAUUCCUUUAGAGCCAAGGAACUUGAGCAGAUGACCCCAGAUGAGCUUUAUGAGAUUUCAAGACCAAACUAUAGGUGUUGGUGUCUGGACUCAAGCCAAGCAAUACAGCCUUAGCAAUUGUUUUCUUUAAUCUUCAAGGAGCGUUGAUUAUCCUGCUGGCAGCUUCAACUGGGCUGAUGAAUUGACAUUAGAAGGGCCUCAACACUUCCCAGAUAUGGCUAUUAGGGUGACACAGUCGAAGCAUUGCAGGAGGGGAGAGACUGGAUUUUGGUUGUUGUGCCCUGUGAUUGUUGUGCGCUAAUCUUCAUAGUAGGGUUUCUGGUGCUUCUACUACUAUUACUGUUUGGUUGAUAAAAAAUUGUGUAUGUUCCGCUAGCCUUCAGUUUGUACUUAAAAGUAGGGUUUGGUACGUUGUAAUUUGUUUUGACAAAUGCCUGUAAAUUGCAUCAAGGCAGACUGUUUGGAUGAAUGCUUCAACCAGUGUGACUGUUGUAAUGAAUGA